AUGUCAAUUGAAUCGGAGCGCCGCCAUCAUCAUCACCAUCCAGCGAGCGAAGCCACAAAGCACACAACAUCAAGCAACGGCCCCAACAACAUCGCGUACGCGCAUUCGCUUUACAAGCCGGACAGGUCGUCGAAUAACCUCCUCCACAAAGAGGAAGACCUGGCGAGAUACUACAAGGGUGACCAUCAUCCUGUCAACAUCGGCGACGUGUUCGAGGGAGAACAUGGCCGCUACAAGGUGGUCCGGAAACUAGGCAGAGGAGGCUUCUCCCUCGUCUGGCUUGUAUUCAAGACCGUAGUUGCUGCCUCCGCGACGGGCCCCUCCAGAGAACUCGAAAUGUUGGACAUGCUCAAGGACACACCAGGCAUUGUCAAUACCGUCGAGACAUUUACCUACAAAAGUAGUAAUGGGAUCCAUAUCUGCAUCGUGCAAGAACUCCUAGGGCCCUCGAUUGCCCGCGCUCUCGCGAGGAAUCCCCCGUUUGACCCAUAUCUGCGGCUGGAACCCACGACGACACUGCGCAUGGCAAAAGAGCUUCUAACUAUGCUCGUAGGCCUGCAUGCCAGGGAAAUAGUGCACGGCGACAUCAGUGCUGGCAACGUCGCCCUCACCGUCAAGGAGCUGCAAGGCCUGAAUGAAACCCGGGUCAACCAGUUUCUGGGAGAGCCGUACUUCUGGCCUCUGGAACGCGUGGACGGAAAACCCCUUGGCGCCGGCCUGCCCAAACACACCGUGAAGAAGGUCCGGUGGGAAAUCUGGGAAAGCGAACAUACCGAACGCAACCACCUUCGCCUCCUCGACUUUGGCGAGUCCUUCUUCGAAGCCAGACCUCCCCGAGAGAUUGGCGAGCCCCGUCAAUUGAAGGUCCCAGAGACUAUCUUCAAAACUGACAGACCGCUCGACCACAGACUUGACCUGUGGCGCGCAGGCUGCGUAAUAUACUUCAUGGUGUUCGGCCGCUAUUCGUUCACGGAAACCACUCCUGAUGCUGCCCUCGUGCACCAGAUGAUUCACUUUGUCGAGGACCUGCCCAGCCAGUGGCAGCCGCAGUGGGAGAAACUGAAGAGGCAAGACCCAAGCGGAUAUUCCAGCGCCGACGUCAAGCCCAGGAGGUCAAAGCUGGCCGAACAGUUUCUCACCGUCUUUGCUAGCCCGUCCGAGGAUGAUGACGAGGAUGAGUGGAGCGACUAUUGCAGGCUGAAGAAGCUGCAGCCCGUGAUUGAAGGGCUGGUUCGCUUCCGCCCGGCCGACCGCAUCGGGGCCCAGGUUGCCCUGAACAUGGUCAAUCGGAUUAUUUCCGAUGCCUACUAA